AUGCCGAAAGGAAGAAAAAAACAAGGAAGAUCAGCAGUAUCCAAACCCGCUGAUACAGCUGUUGUACCUACGGAGCCUGUUUCUGCAAACGAACAAAUUAUCAGAAAAAUGAAAGACCUGGUCCUUAGUCAAUUUCUCAAUCCGAAGUACAGCGAUUUGUCCAUUAUUUGUGGUGAUGAAGUCUUUCCAGCCCAUCGGAACAUUCUCUGUCCCCAAUCAAAGUAUUUUGAGGUCGUUUGUAGUAGUCGCUUUAAGGAAAGCAACGGCGAGAUCAUCAUCGAGAAUUGCAAUCCUGUGCUCAUCAAAAAGACACUCGAAUUCUUGUACACGGGCGACUAUACUUAUGACGGUGCUCCAAUUACCCAAGCCCACCUGAACUCAAAGAAUAGUUCUGAAUGUUCGCCCGAAACAUGGGCAGAAAAUAAUUUUGAGCUAGAUGCAGACACUGAACAAUAUCCAAACCCAUCACGAAAAACCAAUUCUACUGAUUCCCAAAAUUGUCAGGCCUUCUUCCACGCUCAAAUGUACGCACAAGGUGAUUAUUUUCAGAUCAACGAGCUUAAGAAGAAAGCAAAGGAUUACUUUAUGAAAUCUUUCCUGGAACAUCCCGACCAAGAUUCAUUCAGCUCCUCCGUCGUUGAAGUUUACAGUUCAACAGGGGAGCACGACCGUGGGCUCAGAGAUCUUGUUGUCCAGCUCACGACGGAUAACCUCAAGAUUCUGAGGAAUGGGGAUAAUCCUAUACUCUGUGACGGACUUUUAGAGUCUGUUCCCAAAUUUAUGCUGGAGGUCUGUCUUUCGACCUUGGACAAUAGGACAAUGCAGGGCUUCAAGUACCAAAGAGGAAAGCAUAAAGCACGAGGUGUGGCGGCUGCAUUCGUCUUAGACUCAACAGAGGACACCUCGUCAGCAAGACUCUGUUAUAUUCUCCUAGCUAAUGCCGUAGCUCAAUUUAUCACCGCAGCGCUGACAUGGUUCAGUAGUGGGCCUUCUCUUGGGGGCUUAGUGGGGCGGAUUCUCAUUGGUUACGAAACAGCCCUCCGCAGUCGGCUUUGCACCCCAUACCAAGGAUUUGCUGAUUGGCCUCCUCACUUGACAAAAUGGGUCACUGCGUACAUCCCGCAGUGCCCUCACUAUUUCUCGGUCUCUACCGCUGCGGUCCGACGGCAAAGUCCAUGUGGCGCUAGUACUGUAUCAUUCGCAGGGAAACGGGGCAGGGUGGAUUACGCGGGGAUGGAUGGCCCUUUUACGAAGGAGGGAGAAAGUGGAGGGAGAAAUGAGGGAGAAAUAGAGACAGAGCCCUAUUAUUCGAUCGCAUAUGAUUCCUAA